GCUAAUCCUAAUUCAUACAAUAUUAAUUUCAACUGAGUGAACUUCUUACUGGAUUGCUUCUUCCUUUCUUACCGGAUUUCUUGUUGCAAUAUCCUCUGAAGCAUUUAUGUUAUUGCGUUCUACAUCCUGAUUCGUGUUCUCUUGGUAGGCCAAUACAGUACAUCCUGAUUUGCAUUAGUUCUAUUGCAACCCAUCUCAACAAAUUGUUAGAUCACAGGUCCAGAACACAACGCGAAUUCGUGGAUUCGUGAAAGACGGGGUUUUUGCACAAUGCGAUAGUAGACUGAUUAUCAAUCUUCAGUACUGAUUUUUCAACCUCACGACCAAGUAGCUCACCAAUUAACCUGCUUAGCCAUAUCCCCUGACACGAAGCAGCUGUAGCAGCCACAUACUCUGCUUCACAAGAGGAUAGAGCGACAAUUCUUUGCUUCUGAGAUGUCCACGACACUGGGCAAUUACCAAAGAAAUACAGGACCCCCGUAGUGCUUUUCAUGUCAUCUAUGUCUCCAACGAGAUCACUAUCAGAAUAGCCUGUUGUGGCUUCCCAGUGACUUUAACAUAUUUGCAGCCCAUUCUAACUGUACCUUUCUGUUUCACAUACCUUAGUAUUUGCUUUACAACACUCAUGUGCUCUUUGGUUGUUCUCCAUGAACCUACUGACAUAACCAACUGAAAAACUCAGGUCAGGUCGUGUGUGCAAUAGAUAUCUCAAGCUGCCAACGACACUCCGAUACAGUGUACUGUCAACCUCUUUGUCCUGGCUUGCUUUACUCAGCUUCAGCCUAGGUUCCAUGGGUGUGAGUGUUGGAUUGCAUUCUGACAUGCCCAUCUUGUCCAGGAUUCGUGCUGCAUAACCAGAUUGACAUAGGGUGAUCCCUUCCCCGGAUUGCUUCACCUGAAUGCCCAAGUAGUAACUGAGCAGCCCCAAAUCUGUCAUGCUAAAUUUUAUUUAGCUAAUCCUAAUUCAUACAAUAUUAAUUUCAACUGAGUGAACUACUUACUGGAUUGCUUCUUCCCUUCUAUCCUUUGAUGCAUUUUUUUAUGAUUGAUAAUUGAAUUUGUGAUGACUCUAACUGAAAAUAUGUGCAGUAUAUGACACUGUUUUAUUUGUACUAGGUUGUUUGCACUUUUAUAACGUCUAACUUGUUUCUUGUCUAAUGUUUGAAUAACACAUUAUAUAUUGCUGUUCAAAUUUAGCUAAUCCUAAUUCAUAAAAUAGCAAUUUCAACUGAGUGAAUUUGUCUUUUAAAAUUCUAAUUUGCUGUCUGAAACAUAUAGCGAUGAACUUAACUGAACUUGCUGUUUGAAAGUCUGAAACUGCGGAAUCUAAGAACUUAACUGAACUGAACUUGCUGUUUAAAGGUCUGAAACAUAUAGCGAUGAACUUAACUGAACUGAGCUGAUAUGUAUUGUUCAAAGUUCUGUCACUCUGUAUCUUCUUAUUCUUUCAUAAAUAUCAUCAGUCUCUGAUAUCUGUUUAGCAAACACUGAAUCUCAGUACCGGAAUCUAAGAACACCUAAUUGUAUGCACCUAGAACUCAUGCAACAAAAAAAUAUGCAUACUCCAUUGAAGCAUUGACUUUCAACAGGUUUUUUGCUGUAACAUUUAUGCAUGUUUGGCUUCUUGUACUUGUGUUUAAAAGAUUGUUUCCAAGAUAUUGAAGUGCUAAAGUAUGCCUGCUUUCGUUUUGUGUUUUUUUUCUUCUGAAUAUGACUCAAUUUCUGAUCGUACCUACACAAGGGCAUAAGGAUGAGUUCAACGGUGGAUGCUGCUGUAAGGAAAGGCUCUGUUGUCUUAACAAGGACGGAAAGUAUAACCGAAUACAUAAACAAGGGUGGACAACCCAGAUCUGGUACUCAAGGACAAUCCGACACUCCAGUGUCAUCUAAUGACAUGUGUGCCCUGGAUGAAUGGCCAUCCCAUGCUCGCCGCUAUCGUGCGCAACUACAGGAUGAAGCAGAUCGACAGAAGAAGAAGAAAGGGCGAGGUGUUGUAAAAGGUGUUAAAGCAGCUCAGAAGCGUUUCGCCAACGGAUCUGCGAAGCUAAAUAUUACAUUCUCUGAAACGUUGGGUGGUACGAUAGGAAUGAACUAUCGCUCAUUCAAGGAUGACGUGGUAGUGAUAAUGAAAAGGAAGGUACCACUCAUUGGGGUGAGGAGGUGGUCCGACAUUCACCCAAGUGUGCAUCGACUCAUUGUCGCAGAUGUGAUAGACAGAUGGGACCUAGAAGAUACACCGGAAACUGAAGAGAAAAUUCUCAGAAUUGCGCAAGAGCGAUAUAGAGGCUGGCGAUCAACUCUAAGCUCCACUUACAAGGCAUUCGAAACAGAUGAUGCUAGAUUGGCUAAUGUUCCGGAAGAUUUACAUCCACAAGAGUGGGAAUGGAUGAUCAACUACUUCGGCAAUGAUGAAAAAUUCCAGGCACGCAGCCAAGUGAACUCCGAUAAUCGCAAGAAACAGAAAACAAAACAUAGAGUUGGAUCAAAAUCGUACGCCCAACUAAGUUUUGAGAAGAGAAACUUGGAAACUGGAGAAGAGCCGGAUUGUGUUGCUCUAUGGGAACUCACACACACGAAGAAUGGAACAUGGUCUAACCCAGAGUCCCAGGAAGUUUAUGACAAAGCACGUGAAGCGGUGCAGAACAAAGAAACUGAAACAAAAGGUCCACUAUCAACUGAGCAGAGAAACAAUGUUUUUCAGACUGCAUAUAAAGACACAGUUCAAUGCAAGUCAUCGCAGCCUCGUGGCUACGGGUACAUGGCCAAGCCCAAAACUGGUUCUGAAAGGUUUCGGAUGCAGAUUGAGGACCAAGCUCGUGUUGCAGCUGAAACCCUGCAGCGAAACUCCGAGCUCAGCCAGCAUGUUAGCGAAUUAGAAGAACAAUUAGAAGUUGAGCGUGCAAACAUGCAGCAGAGUAUUGACUUCGAGCGCUCUGAGAGAGAGCAACUUGAGGUGAGGUUGCAAGAAGAGCGUGAUGCAAGAGAAAAAAUGGUGGAAGAGGAGCGAAGAUCAAGGCUCGAAUUUGAAAAAAAUAUGAUGGCAAAGUUCCAAUAGCAGAUGGCUAAAUUUAGCCAACAGAUGGGAAACCAACAGGUGCUUAAGAAGAGGAAUGAAAAAGAAAAUAUUAAUUCAAAUUUGCAAACCACUCUUUUAAAGAGCUCUAGUCCUAACAGAAAUCUAGGAGCAAAGUCAAAUUUGAUUUCUACAAAUUCACUCCUACAAGCUGCAACAUUGAAUUCUCGAAUGUACAAAGCAAUGGACUCAAAGACUUAGCUGGACAGGGUACCAUGGUAGCAAUGGACUCAACUCUGCUAGACUGCUACAUUUUAAAUUAGUUGCAUUUGAUGGAUAUUUGAUAUGAGAAUUAUGAUUUGUAUGAACCUACAUAUUAUACGCGUGGAUUUGAAUUUUGUAAUUCAAAGGUUGUAUUUUUUU